AUGGCCAGUGUUUUGGACGAGGAAGAGCAUCAGACGGCAUACAUUUUCACACCCCUGGAGGAAGCCGCAGCAGCAAGCAGCACACCACGGCCAACCAAACGACGAAAAGUCGGGUCUCUGGCGGCGUCAGGCACACUGAAACAUGACGGCGCUGCCACCGCAGCAGCACCACUCAACGGCGAUGCCAACGCUUCAGCUUCUCUGUUCGUGCCGCUCCUCGGCGGCGCAGAACCCGCCGAGUGCGUGGCUGCCCGCGCUGCGCUCUUCGAGGCCAGCUGGGCACGCGUCGACGGCGCCGUGCAGCGGGUGCUGCGCGAGGCGAACGCGUCGACGCUGGAGCAGGUCUGUGGCUUUGUCGACCAGCACAGCGGUGCUGGCACCACCAGCAGGAGCAGUGACGACGACGGGAUUCCAGCCGCCUUCAUAGUGACGGGGCCAAACGUCUCGUCGCAAGAUCUGCUGUUCUCGCAGCUGGACGAGCGGCUCCGCGCCGAUGGGGGCGGGGCGGGCUUCGUCCGCGUCGGCUCGGGCGAGGCGGCCAAUCUCAAGGCCGUGCUCAAGAAGAUCAUCAGGGGCGUGUGUGCGUGCAGACCUGGGGAGGGUGAGGCUGGGGAUGAUGACCUGGAGCUUGUUACGGCUUCGUCGCGGAGGAAGUACCUCGACUAUGACCUCGAGGCGCUGCACGUGUUUUUGAAAUCAACCCAAAAUCAGCAGCAGGAGGACAGCUCGUCCACUCCCAGCGGUGGCAGGUACAGCAGGCGGGUGUGCGUGGCGUUUGAGGACAGCGAAGGGUUCGACAGCGGCUUGCUGUCGGACCUGAUCGCGCUCAUGAGCUCGUGGCGCGACCGCAUCCGCUUCGUGCUGCUGUUUGGCGUCGGCACGUCGGUCGAGCUGCUCCAGGCCCGCCUACUACGGUCGACACACCGCCAGCUCCGCGGCGCCCAGUUCGACGUGGUACGGACGUCUACCAUCCUCGACCAGGUCGUCAGGGCAUGCCUAGAGCAGGCGGACGCGGGCGUGGUGCUGGGUCCGGCGUUCCUGGCUGCGCUGCUCGAGAGGCAGGUUGAGCAUGUUGCGAGCGUGCAGAUGUUUGUCAAUUCUGUGAAGUUUGCCUACAUGUGUCACUUCUACGCAAACCCUUUGAGCGUUCUCCUGGCCGAUGGACAGGAGAAUCUGGUCAGGCCUGAGCAUGUAGAGGCAGUUCGCAACUUGGGCUCAUUUCGUGACGAGGUUGAAGACGCGGUAGAUGAGGGUGGCUCUCGGCUUGCUCAUGCACGCUCGCUGUUAGAGGACGAUGACUACCUUCGAAGCCAGAUUCAAGAACAUAUGAUCAAACGGAGGGUCUGGGUGAGGAAGCUGUCUCGGUCUUUGCAACUCAUCGUGGAUGGGGGCCUGACUACUACCGAAUUCACUUCUUUGUAUGUGUCUGCUUUGGCCAACGGUCUAGACCUAGCAGCGAGACAGGUCGGCGUCAUUGAUACCAUCAGGGCCAUGUCCCCAGAGGAGUUGAUAGCUGCUCUGGAAAAGCUCCUUAGUCUCGUCAAGGAUGAGGUCUCUGAUGGAGCCCAACCCAGUGACAAAGAGACUGUCGGUAGCGAAUCAUCUGCUACCCUACUCACACAAAGCCUGGAUACUAUUCGAAGAUUACAGGCACGCGCCGAUGACAAUGACACGACGCUGCGGAGCAAGUACAGCACGCAGGGAAGAAUACUAAGAACGACAGUGGUGGCCCAAAAGGUGCAGCUGAGCCGCGACACGGCGGCGUUGACAGAAGAUGACAAAGAAUACAGCGACGUGAUGGACCGGCUGACAGAUCACCUCGUGGCUGCCCUCUCGUGCCAAGCCGCUGACGAACUCUUUUUGCACGAGGCCUGGCUCUACGACUCGGACACCCCCCACGGCGCCGUCUUUGUGCCCACACCAGGCGUCACCACCGAGAGGGCUCUGGCCAGGCCCCACGACUACCUCGCAUGCUCGUGCUGUCCUGCCAACGGUGGCCUUGGCCCGACCCUCCCCGCCGCCUCCAUCCUCUACCACCUGUACCAGGAGGCCGGACCUCUGAUCAACAUGGCCGACCUCUGGACCGCCUUCUCCGCGCUCAUCGUAGGGGAGGAGGAUGAUGCUGAUGACGACGAGUGCAAGCACAAGGAGCGCAACGCAUUGGUGCUCUUCUAUCGUGGUCUUGCCGAGCUGCGAGCGAUGGGCUUUGUCCAGUCGACCAAGAAAAAGGAAGAUCACAUUGCAAAGCUCAAGUGGCUUUGA